AGAUGGUUCUACCACGGUUAGAUGUCAAUACGACCGAGAUAACAUGACCAUACUAAAGCCGCAGACUAGACCGAGCUCUCACUAGCUCGGUUCUUCCUUUCACUGCGUGUACUUCAGUUUGAUAUAUUCCAACUGUGCUGUCUGAGACCGGACUGAUUACACCGAGUUUGGACCGAGUUAACCAACAGCAAGGUUCUGAAGAAAACUCAACAUACUUUGGCCCAGUAUAGUAAGACCGAGCUAACUAUCAUCGUGCCGACCGUGGUGACUGAGCUAACCACCAAGGCUCUUCUGGACCGGACUAAUUACAAGGCCCUUCUUACUCAGCCCUUCUUACUGUGGUCCACAAAAUGGCCCAUUACCCAACUCGGCCCAAUUUAUAUAUAAAUUACCUUCUCAAUUGCCCCUUAAUUCCAUCUGCGCAGCAUAAUAGGGAUUACUUGUUUCCGGCCGAGCUAAAAGACUGGCCUUUCAACCGUGCUAAAAAACUUUAGCUUUCUAACCGAGCUAAAUUCACACCGUGCUACCAACCUGUCCGGUCAAAAUGUCUCUUCAAUUGUACUAAAACUGGGUCGCUUCCCAUUCCACGGACACGUGGCAUACUAUCAUUAGCCCAAUGUAGCUGUCACGCCGCCUUCAUAUUUCGCGUAAUUUGAACAGUCCCGCCCAAUUUCUCCUUCUUCACACAAGAACCACUUCUUUUGAAUCUAUCACGUCUACUAUUCAUCUUCUCUCUUUUCCUUGCUUGAACCUCCAUUGCUACCACUAUUGCAUCUGUGAAGCUUGUAUUUUCAACAUCACCUUCGUGGUUUCAGACCUACAUCCUUCCUCCUUCAAUUUGUAAGUAACUCAAUCCUUUUUUGCUUUCCGUUUGACUGGUUAUAUGUACUAUUUGUAUAUACGUGUUUCCUCACAACACUUUUCAAAAUAGUUUUUCUCUGUAACGAGUAAGAACAACUUGAGUGAUACCCAUCACUACUGAUUUUGCGAGAAAACUGAACUGGGACGUUUUAGAUCUGAAAUCAUACUCCAACCGGACUAGGAAGUAGUUUGUAAUAGAUGCAAGCCUAGUCAGAACCAACAACCGCACCAAAACUUAUGCCAUACUUGUGGUUUCCAUAAGUUGGGGACCUUUUGUUUCUUUUAACCGAGCUAUCGCACCGUACUAGGUUCACGCAAUACCAUGCUAGAAAGCCUUAACCUCCGACCGAGCUUAAUCUUGGGGGCUAAGCCAGCUCCCUUAGUUCAAACCGAACUAAGAAUGCUGCCCCAAUGGCUCGACCGGGCUAAAGCACCUUGCUUAAACUGAGCUAAGGCUAGAUAGCAUCCCAUGUAAUCGAGCUACGACUUCAUUUAUCUUGCCUAUAUUUCUCUUAGCACGGUCCAACGAUUUGUGCUUAACACCUUUCUUUUUCACUUUACAGACUCUGAUUAGGUUGCCCAGGCACUUUUUUGCACGUCCAACUGAGAUACCCAUUAUCUGCUUGGCGCCGAGCUAACACUCCAGGCUAAUUUAUACAUCAUUUAAAUCUCUAUGGGUAAAUAAAGGUUUUUAGUGAACUCACCAUGUGCUAUGGCCGAGUUCCGAAGGGACUACCAUAUCCCUAAUGAUGUUCAUCUCACUUUAGCCGAACUAGGUACCAUACCCUGGGGAAACCCUAGCUUUGUUCCCUUUACACUUCUUUCCAUUGUAGAAACCGGCCUAAGAUUCCCCGUACAACCCCUUCUGUGUGAAUUCCUCAGACAAACAAACCCUUGCCCUACCUAACUUUCCAACAAUUCUUAUCGCAUAACAAACGGCAUUGCCGAGCUAAACCGCCGGGCUGGCCUUAAUCUCGGUCUAGCCGAGCUCGUCCAUCAAUACUCCAUAGGAUCAAAUGAAGAUGGCUGGGUUUACUAUUUAAGAAUAAGACGCUGACGUGAAAAGAUAAUAAAAGUACCCCGGAUAAGGAUGUUAACGAUGAUGAUUUCCUCUAGGUAUCUGGGAAUUUUGAGGACCAACAAGCCCAGAUCCCGGGCGACAGAAUAAAUUGGAACAAGGGUGAAGCCGGUAGGAUUACCUCGGUUUUCUUAUGUUGAACUGCACUGAUUGUUUUGCUUUUCUUCAUGCAAAUUUGAACUUUCUUAAGUCCAAGUACAACUACCCCAACUUAAACACACUUCGCGCCGCGCUGCGAUAUCCCAAUAGAAGUUGGGCCAAACUAUUGGAUUUUGAAUCGACGUACAAACACAGUAGUAAGCGAAAGAACUAGGGUAAUUGACUUUUUGUUGGAAGCCUCUCCUGAACCGGACCCAACCUUGCCCUAAAUCAAUUUGAUCCCUCUAACUGCUGAGCAAGAGAUGGCCAAGAAACGAGCUGUAAGGGCCCUUCUGACCGAAACAAACCAGCCCGUGGUACCACCAGCCGGUCAGACUCAGGAGACCAUGGUGGCCCUUCCAUCCCAUCAACCCUCAUCAUCUCGUCCAAACAAGUGUGCUCGGACUUCCACAACCGAGCCACGCCUUGUUGAUGAAGAAGAUACCAUCCUUCCACCAAGCCCUCCACCGAGCCCACAACUGGAGUGCUUUGACCGAGCUAGCUCUUCCAAGUGGGCUCCAAAGAUCAUUUUUCAAAACCGUGCCAUACGGGAUACUGAUUAAAUGGUCGCUGAAAAAGACCACCUAAUGGCAUUCAAUCUGGCCAAGAGCGCUUGCCUUCCAGCCGACAUGGAGCACCACAACCAUCUUACCGAGCUGAAGGCCAUUCGCUCGGCCACAAAGUCAAUGGUGUUGGCCAUGCAGAACAACCACAUCGCUCACAAGCGUGUAUUGGAACUUCGCAAAACAACAAGGCAGGCAAUGGCAAAGGUAACCAAAAAAACCGCCGAGCUAGAACAGGCCAGGAAGCAGAUAGCCGAGCUACAAACCGAGAAUGGUCGUCUGACCGGUCUUGGCUCGGCUGAAGCAGACAAGCAAAAGGUUGCGGCCGUGAUAAAAGAUAAAUAUCUGCGCGAGCUGGCCAAGCUUGAAGGAAAAAAGAAUGUCGAAAUGACAAAGCUUGAGAAGAAGCUGGAGGUUGCGGAGAACCGCGGUUUCAAAGAAGGUGAAGCCCUGUACAUCAAGCAGUGUGAAGCUGCGAAGGACCUGUUCUUUAAAUGCGAGUGGAAGGGGGUUGUGGCGCAACUCGGUCAUGGACCUGAGACCGAGGUCUUCAAUCCUCCUCUAUAUUUCAUACCAAGCUCACUGACGGAGUAUGCUGCUACCAUUCAGUAACAAUUUCUAGAGGAGGAGGAUGAAGAUGAAGCUCCAGAAGACAAUACUCAACCCGGUCUCCAAUUUGCCUCCCCAACUCCAGAGGUCUCCAUCCCAUCUUUGCCAGCUGUGUCCGAUGCUGUGCUUCCAACCGAGCUUAACCAGAGUGUGGUUGCCACAACCGAGCUACCUCUAGGCAAAGACCGAGUGGUUUUAGAUGCUGACUUAGAUGACCUGUUUGCUUGACUUAUGUACUUUUCUUUUUUUUUUUGCCUUUUGGAAAGAAAGACUGUAACCGGGCUGAAGUCCCCCCUUUUGUACUUUGACUUUGUACGAUCAAUGAAAUCUCUUUUGUUCCAAUUGUUAUUUCGGUUAACUGCCAUGCAUGUAACUUUUUAAUUGUAAUCUGAAUGAAGUAUAAUAUUCUCGGGCCGAGAUACCUUAUCUUGGUCAUAACUUUGCAAUUUAACUAGC